UUGCCUCUUCCUUGUGCCGAGGGACCACACACCGUGCCGGUGACCAGGUCUGCCGUGCCAUUGGACGGAGAGUGUGGGGGGGGGGAGAGAGUAGGUGGGAGGGAGCACACCUUGGUUAGAGAGUUACCCAUUAACUCGCCCUUCUGGGAAGCAGCUGCAGAGCACAGCCCGAUUCAACCUUUGCACAACAUUUUCUCCAUUUCAACGGUGAAAGGAAAAAGAAGAUGUAGACGUUGACACACGGACAAAGAGACAGACAGACGGCAGGUGAACUGGCUGAAGCUACCGGGGCCGACGCAGACAGGUGAGCAGAGCGAGAAAAGUGUGGCUGAUAUUUCCAGUCACUCCUGGGAUGAUACAGCUUCUGCCACCACCGUUCACUUGUUACUGAGCCCGUCACUCAACGUGGCCACCUAGUGGAGCUGUGAGGGUCAAUCACCCUCCUGGUCAACAGAGCUAUUCCACUACCUCCCUCAGCUGGGGAGGUGCCUGCUCUGCAACAACUCCCUUGGAUCACUUUCAUUUUUAAAUUUUUACCUGCUGAGGACAAUACAACACUGAAGAGAGUUUAACUUUAACUUUACUGGGUUGAUGAAAGAUUUAAAACCUCUGUUGGAUCUUAUAGAAAGUGGAGUUCUUCCCCAGCGGGUCACAGACACCAUCCUGUCCCCUGACAUACUGUACAUGCAUGUGUGAUAUACUCCCGUCAUCCAUGGCUUCACACUGGAGUUGAUGGUGCCCAGAGCAGGAAACAGGUUUCAUCCAACAGGAAGCAAAUUGAGCCCCCCGAGGACGAGUCAUCUUGUCCAAUAAGAGCAAAGCCAGAUGGAACUAUCAUCGAAUGCCUCAUUCUCUACACCGACACCAACCACAGCAUUCAAUGAAACAAGACCGACAGACAAAUACACCAAUCACAACUGGGAGUUCCUGGCGGCCGUCCUGGUCUCAGCCAUCGUUAUCUCCAUCGUCAUCGCCCUCCUGGCUAAAUGUACCGUGAUCCGGCGGUACCUGGCCAGCUACCGGCACACACGGCUGAGGGAGGCGGACACUGUCAGCCAGAUAGAUCCCUCAGGCCUUGACGUUGGGUUCAGGAUGCAGAGUGGCCAUGGAGUGAACCCUCACUGUGUCCCUCCCGUGGGCGAGGAGGACGACGACGGCUUCAUCGAGGACAACUACAUCCCGGCCAGCGAGCGAGCGAGGGCGGAGAGAGCGGCGGAGAUCAUGCAGGACACCGAGGAGGAGAUGGACGAGAUUGAAUUCACCAUCGCUUAGUGUCGAGUGUCUCCACUCAGCUGAACCACUAAAUCCACGCCCACCUUUUCCUUUGGUUUGUGUUUAUUUCUGUGAGAUUCAUAUUGUCAGUCACAAAAGAGGCAAUUUUAAAACAUUGUUUAAGUUUUGUAAAAUGUAAAAACCUGGGGUUGCGUGCGUCUGAAUUUGAAGGAAGCGCAGAAAGAAGUGCACUAGUUCUCAACGUGUGGUCUAAUGACGAGUCACUGUGGUCAUGUUUUAUCUGUCAGCAAAGCGACGACAGUAACAGUAAAUUAUUUGUUACUUAUUUAUUAGUGAUAAUCAAAGGGAUCAACUGUAAAGGUUUAAAUAGAAAAGAGAUUAACAGGUCUUCUCAUAGAGUGGAUAUAAAGAUGGACGACGUGACGACUCCCCAAAAGUGAAGCCAAAGUGUUGUUGGCGCCCUCCGGUGGCUGGCUGCAGGAUAGGUCCUAAACUAGCCUCCUCCAUGUUAGAUUAAGAUUAUGAUGCAUUUAUACUGAUGUUUGUGAUGAUGUAAUCGGCACAAAAUGGCACUGUCGUAUACAGGGAAUACUUUGGCUUUGUUUCUGGAUAGUGGGAGGAAGUGGAGACGAGUCGUCCAUCUUUAUAUGCAGCUUACGGGUCAUCUGUGUAUAUAUAUUAACCAAUCACGUAUGUCUCUUGACAGUUAUCGAUUGGUUGAUUGAUUUUCUGAAGCUGUAUGACAAGUCGGUUACAUUAUCUUGGACGGACGGUCUCAGCUGUGGAGAGGAACAUUUCACUUUGCACUCUCAUGUUUCCUCAGGGAUAAAUAAGCAAAUGUGUGUCUACAUGGAUGAAUUAUACAAUGAAUUGAUUAAAAAGCCAUUUUAAUUGCUCAACCUUGAGGAACUCUGACUGGCGAAUAAACUAUGAUGCUUUUCAAAAA